AUCUUAUCUUCCUCUUCCAGUAAGAGCAGCACCUGUUGGCAGGGGUGAGUCGGUGUUUGCGCAUGUUCGGGCAGAAGAGCGUAAAAAUGCCACUUUGUAGCCCGGCAACAUGACUCGGAUAAAGCCAUUGCUGGCUGUAUAAAGAGGGGCGGUCGCAGACUGGGAUUAUUAGGCUUAAUUUUUUGUCCAGAAUUCAAACAUUUUCACCAUGAAGUUCUGUCCGUCUACAGUGGCGCUGCUGAGUGCCUGGCCGGUCUCGAGUGCUUCUGGCAUUCCCGAGUCGUGUUGCGCCUCUCUCCAAGCUUCACCUCUCCAUACCAACCUCUUCUAUCCCAACUCCCUCGCCUACAACCAAUCCGUCUCCUCCUACUUUUCCGUCAACGCCCAGCUCGACCCAACCUGCAUCGUCCAGCCACACACUGCUGAACAAGUCUCUCUCGCCGUGUCAACGCUCUCCAGAAACGGGUCUUCGCCAUGCAAAUUCGCCGUGCGCAGUGGUGGCCACACUAUCUGGGCUGGGGCUGCGAACAUCGAACCCGGUGUGACGAUUGAUCUGUCGAUGAUGAACAGUACGACUUAUCACAAGGAUACUCAGACCGCGUCGAUUCUGCCCGGAUCGAGAUGGCAGGCUGUGUACAAGACACUGGGCAAGUAUAACCGGACAGUCGCAGGCGGUCGUGGUGGAACUGUCGGUGUGGGUGGAUUCUUGAUUGGAGGCGGAAACACCUUCCACACAGCCCGCGUCGGCUUCGCCUGCGACAACGUCCUCAACUACCAAAUCGUCCUCGGCAACGGCACCAUCGCCAACGCCAACAAACACUCCAACGCCGACCUCUACAAAGCCCUCAAAGGCGGCACCAUCAACUUCGGCAUCGUCACCCGCUACGACAUGGCCACGAUCGAAGGCGAUCUUCUCUGGGGCGGUGUCGUCACCUACGACAACUCUACCACAUCACAGCAGAUUCCCGCCAUCUCCAACUUUAUCGAUAACAUCCACAAUGACCCGUAUGCGUCGUAUAUUGGCAUGUGGGGGUAUAGCUCUGCGACGGGGCAGAAUGCCAUCACGAAUGCGUAUGAGUAUACGAAGCCCGUUGCGCGGGCUCCCGCGUUUGACGAGUUUCUGGCGAUUAAGAAUACAUCCGACACGAUGCAUUUCGGGUCGAUGUAUAACUUGACUGUGGAUUUGGUGCAGGCGAGUGGGACUCGAAAUGUCUUCCUGACAAGCACAUACUUCAACAACCCCAAGGUCAUGGAAAAGGCCGUCGACAUCCACAACGACCUCAUCGAGGAAGCCAAGAAACAGGUGCAAAGCAAGUCCUGGAGUAUGGUUACGAUGGUGCAGCCCUGGCCGACUCUUUUCGCCGAGCUUAGUGCGAAAAAGGGCGGGAAUGUCCUCGGUCUGGAGCGUUUCGACAGAAACAUGUUCCAAACCCUCUUCGACUACAGCUGGGACAAUGCCGCCGACGAUGCCCUCUUUAACCGUCUUGCUCAGUCCAUCACCGAACAGCUGAAUGGAUACGCCAAGGAAAUCGGUGAGGAUAACCCGUAUAUCUACCUCAACUAUGCGGAUAAAACGCAGAACCCAUUGCAAGGAUACGGCGAGGUGAACGUCAAGUACAUCGCCAACGUGGCGAAAAAGUAUGACCCUGCUGGUGUCUUCCAGCGCCAGGUUCCUGGAGGAUUCAAGGUGACUGAAGCUUAAGUAUAAUUAAUCCUGUAUACAUGUCGAAAGACGACUCUCUCUGCCAAAACAAAACAUAAAAACAUCCUCAAAUAAUAAAUUCAAAUAAUCAAAUCAAACCAAG